AUUGUACACAGCUAACUUUCCGUGUGCAGACAUUAUUAUACUCAUAUAGGCUCUUGCGACGAUUGGAAGAUGACGAAAGUUUUCCUGUCUAAUCAGCUACAUAACAAUAUUAUUCUAUCGCUAUGGAUAUUCAAACCAACGACGAUACAAAUUUACCAAGUUCUUCGUCCGUUUCGGAGCGAUACAUAUGCAAUUGCUAUAGUUGUAUAUUUGUAAAAAAUAUACUGAUUAAGAAACUGGUCGAGAAAUGGGAACCGAAUAUAUAUAAUCAUAUCAGAGUGGAACACAUCUCGCAAUGUUCUCGUAAUAUAGUACAUCAGGUAUUUCUGUCUCUAAGAUGUGGCGAGGAGCAAAAGCACGAACAAUUCAUCGUCAAACUACCGAAAAUGGGACAGGACUCCGCAGGAUUCGAGAACGAAGUGCGAUUGUAUUGUAUGAAGGAAAAGUUUUUGAUUUUUCGAACUUUAUUUCCUUUCUGUCACUUAGCCACAUAUUUUUCGUCUAACUUUCCAUACCCGGUUGUUGUGCUAAAGGACCUGACUAAGUACGGUUACACGCAAUUUAGAUGUAAAUUGGACAGGACAGAUCUGAGAAUUUGCAUGGAAGUAUUGGCAAAAUUUCAUGGUACUACGUUCAGAUUACAGAAUGGAAACGAUUAUGUUUCCAGAGCUCUUUCGUAUGAAUUGAGUAAGAAUAAAGAAAAGAGGAUGAAUCAACGGAGUAAAAGUGUCAGGAAUUUUCUAGAAAGUAUAUCAAUAAUCGGACUCGAUUGCGAUCUUUACGAGAAAAUAAAGCUGAAACUGCAAAAAAUAGAACGUUUGGAAACGGAAAUUGCUACAACUAUUAUUCAUGGUCGUUUCACACGGUCCAAAGUAUUUAUCAAAUACGCUGAUGGAGGAUGUUAUAUACAAUUGAUCGAUUUCCAAUCAAUGACAUAUGACUCGCCGGCAAUCGAUUUCGGCCGCAUUUUCCUCACUAACCUGCCUGAUGAAUAUAACGUAUCAAGCCUCGAAGAGUUGUUUCGGUCCAUGCUAGAAGCUUAUUUGGAGAAAUUAAAACAAGAAUAUCCGGAGGUGCCAAGUUUGCUUGUGGAAAAGGAUAUUAUACACAACAUGAUACUCUCAUACAUAUAUCUGAAUGCUCAGGAGAUAGAAGCAAUAGAAAAUCAUAAAACGAUAUUAGAUAUGCUUAACAAAAUCAGCAGUUUGGAUUAAAACCGUUUUUGACUACCUUUAGCGCACUUUCUUAUAGCGUUGAAAUUUAAUGUUUUUAGGGAACAUGUAGAACCUUUUUUUAUUGACACAGCAUUCUUGCUAAGAUGUAUUCCAUUUGGAAUUUUGUUUUACUAGUUUUGUAUCGCAUUAUAAAUGUAAAUCACAUUAUGUUCAGAUUAAAUGAAGCUGAAAUUUAUGUAGAAUGUUUUGUAUCAGAUAAGAAACAAUUAUCCAAUAUUUUUAUAAAACUUAUCUAUUAUGUAUUCUAUAAAUAAAUACGUCGUUGAAUCCCGAUUUCACUUUGAAAUUUUAUUUAGAUUUGAAAUAAAAGGUAAUUACAACAG